UGAACUGGGUGCGUGCCUUCAAUGCACUGCUGUGGAACAAUCCAAAUGGUCUAAACAUUCCUUCCAUCAGGUUUGAUCAUAGUGUGACAAAAGGGAAUAAAACUUUAUUAGACAGACUUUAUAAUUUUUGACAUCAAUUUUCACACAUGGUGUGUAUAUACAAUAAACUGCAAGUGAAAAUUAGUCCAGUCCACUGGACUAGUGAACAUACCUCAGGAAUACCCAUGCGAUAUGGAAAAUCAAAAGACAACUUUCCAGCCAGAUGCUGAUUCUGCAGUGAUGGAUUCAGAGAUUGGAACACUCCUCAGUUAUAUUGAUUGUCAGAUGGAGCAGGAGUAUUUCCAAACACUGGAAUCCACACCAGAUCUCUGUCGUGGGCUUCCAGGAUUCCUAAGAUACAAAAGAGAGUCCCAGGAGAGGAUUUACAGUCAUCAGCCCCAACCUCAACGAGACUCUCCAAUAUGCUGUCAAUUCUGUGGUUCAAGAGCUUGGCCUCCUCUGGAUCCAGGAUAUGCAGAGACACGAGAGGAUUUCUGCUGUGAGAACUACAGAGAGUUGUUUGAGAUUGUGGUCCAUGAAAAGCAUCUGUCUAUGAGACGUUCUGAGGCACAGCCUAACAGACCUGGUGGAAUAGAUGACCCAUUCAUCAAUGAGAAUAAUGAGCUACAAGAUAAAGCACAAGAAAGAGGAAAACACAGUUUCAGACAGCAGCAGAGAGAGAUGCAGAGAUAUGACAGAGUUGCUCAAUCCAGUUUAUUGGUAUCAAAGAACAAUGUGUCUCAUGAUAAAACAAUCAUCAGUUUCCGUCUGUCUAACUGUGCACCCAAAGAGGAUUUUUGGAAAGUUGAAGAGUACAAGCAUGUGGAUGAGAUCUCUGGACAAUGGCCAUGUGAUGAGUCUUCUGUACUGGGGUCAGUUGAGUUUGGCUUAACUCAUCACCAGAACAAUUCAAGUUUCUUGGAGAAGUACUACUCAAAUGGAAAUAAAUUCCUCACUGCGUUUCCAGAUGGUUCUGCACAAGUUUUCUAUCCUUCAGGAAACUUGGCUCUGAUCAUUCUCAGCUGUAAAAAGGAAAGGAUCUGUAUCGUACAAGAUGACUUGACUCUUUGUCCAGUCAGAGCCCUCUUUCAGUCUAAUGGCAAAGCCACUUGUUACCAUGGCAAAGGCAGCAUUUGGUUGAGUAUGGAUGCUUGGGGUGGGCGGAGUCUAGAUGAGAGUGGGAGGAGGAUCAGAACGUGGAGCUGGAAAGACCAGGCUCAAACACCAACACCCCUAAGACCACUUUUUCUGUCGCUCAACAGAAAUAUAGGGGUUCGGGUUCUUGGGCAACAGUUGGUGUUUGUAUCAUUCCUUGCUUCAGGACAGCAAGCCAGGUUCAGAGUAGGCAGCUGUGAGUCGUCCAAAGAACACAACACACCUCCUCAACCCCUCAUGUGCAAAGAGGAACUAGUACUUCUGGCAUGCAGGGUUGGCCUUCACAUGGCACUGAUACGGUUACAGCAGUGCCAAGCCUUCCCAUCCAGCCCCACACAUCUGCGGGUCAGACCUCCGCCUUUCCUUCACUCGCUGGUCCGAAGGCUGCGGAGUCUGAGCCACAGAGUACAAAUGGAAGAGCCAGACAAGGCCUUUGUCCAGCGCUGUCUGCAGGCCUAUCCUUGAACAGACACAAAACAUACUAGAGUAGUCUUGCUUUGACUAAAGGUACAGACACAUUAGCAAAAUUACAUUUUCUGUUGUAAAUAGUGUUGUGAUUGAGUCACAGCUCACACAGAAGUCACUUUCAAACCAAGAAGCUUGCUAUGGCCAAUGUGGCAAAUUUGCGUGAACAACUUCAACCCAUUGCAAAAUAUGGGGAAAUCUUUUGCACUCACUCGAAAUUCUGAUGGCUUGGAUUCCUUUCGGAAUGACUGCUAAAUUGCCUGCUAAAAUAUGCCAAACAUGGGUAAAUGUGACCAUACCUUGACAACCUUAAUGAUAAAUAGAGGUUUACCAUCAAAAAUGACUAUAGAAGGAUAUCUUAAAGGUGCCAUAGAAUGCUUUUUCACAAGAUGUAAUAUAAGUCUAAGGUGUCCCCUGAAUGUGUCUGUGAAGUUUCAGCUCAAAAUACCCCAUAGAUUUUUUUUUUAUUCAUUUUUUUA